AGGAUGUGAUCUUUGUCCCCACAGCCCCGCCGGUGCUGUGCAGACGUGAGAGUCUGAGGCGGUGCUGUGCUCAGCGCUCCCUGCGUCUUUGCUGCCGCUGAUCUCUGUUGCAGUGGAGGCUACAAGGCAGGGCACCAGCCUGAGUGCCCGGGACCAGCAGGAACAGACUGUCUGUGGUGUGAGGAUCAGGGGUGACCAGGAGAGCCUCCUCACCACCACCACCACCACCACCACCUUGCUGCUGGCAUCUCCAGCCAUAAAGGAAAGGAAAAGUUUGAGUGCAAGAAGACUUGAGACUGAACAGGUCCACUAGACACAGCCUUGCACACACUGGUGAAGGAAACCAUGAGUGCCAAGAGUGUGGGAAAAGACUCCCUGGGAAGGGUGACCUCACCAAGUACACCCACACACUCUGGAGGAAGACCUCAUGAAUGCCGUGAGUGUGGCAAAAAGUUCAGUAAGAAGAGGGACCUCAACACACACACCCUGACACACACUGGUGAAAGACCUCAUGAAUGCCGUGAGUGUGACAAAAAGUUCAGUCAGAAGAGUAACCUCAACACACACACCCUUACACACACUGGUGAAAGACCUCAUGAAUGCCGUGAGUGUGACAAAAAGUUCAGUCAGAAGAGUAACCUCAACACACACACCCGUACACACACUGGUGAAAGACCUCAUGAAUGCCGUGAGUGUGGCAAAAAGUUCAGUACGAAGAGUGACCUCAAGAAACACACCCUUACACACACUGGUGAAAGACCUCAUGAAUGCCGUGAGUGUGGCAAAAAGUUCAAUCAGAAGAGUCACCUCAACAGACACACCCUUACACACACUGGUGAAAGACCUCAUGAAUGCCAAGAGUGUGGCAAAAAGAUCAGCAGGAAGAGUGACCUCAAGAAACACGCCCUUACACACACUGGUGAAAGACCUCAUGAAUGCCGUGAGUGUGGCAAAAAGUUCAGUGAUAAGAGUAACCUCAACAUACACACCCUUAGACACACUGGUGAAAGACCUCAUGAAUGCCGUGAGUGUGGCAAAAAGUUUAUUCAGAAGAGUAACCUCGACAGACACACCCUUACACACACUGAUGAAAGACCUCAUGAAUGCCGUGAGUGUGGCAAAAAGUUCAGAGCCAAGAGUGACCUGAACACACACACUUUUAUACACACUGGUGAAAGACCUCAUGAAUGCCAAGAGUGUGGCAAGAGGUUCAUUUCUAUGUCUGUGUUGGACAAGCACAUCUUCAGACACUCUGGCCUGAGAGAGUUCAAGUGUGAUGUUUGUAAGAAGCAUUUCAAGACCAAGCAGGAUAUUGCUCGGCACAUGAAGAUCCACUUCCCCUGAGGUGUUGUGUUGUGCUGCUGUAAGUGUUAUGCACGGAACUUUCCAUAUGACUCAAGAAUCACGUGACAGUACAAUUCUGUAUAGCUUGCACUUCUCUCUGCCAGCAGUGGUCAGUUACAGGCUGGCAGCCGCGAGAUCCACACGUUUGUCACUCGUCUCGUCCGCGGCUUGUAUACACCGUUCUUGUUGUGCUUCACAGAUAAAUAUAUUGUGGACUAAAAA